AUGAUGUACAGGAACAAGCUUGGAGUAAAACCAACCAGCACUAGCAAACAGACAUCAGAAACAGUUGAGUUGGACAAAAUCUCUAAAAAUGAAGUGGCUAGAAGGAUUAGAACUGAUUCUGAUGCAGAACCAAAAGUAGAAUCUGGAUCAGAAUCAAAACCAGAAUCGGAGAUAGAAUUAGAAUCAGAACCAGAUAUGGAGUUGGAGCUAAAAUCAAAUUCAGGAUCAAAUUUAUUUAUUGCAAGGUCACGAUCCCGCAGCCGUGGCUAUAUUCCUAAAAGGAGGCAGUACUCUAGGUCUGUUUCACCUGAAGAGAAAAGAUACAGCCGUGAGAGAUCAUACUCGCGUUCCCCUGCAAGGGACAUUUCUCCACCGUAUAAUGGCUCAAGGAGUCGCAGUCAAACUCCAGUCAGAGAGCAUUCACCAUAUGAUGAUGGUCGAAGGAGCCGCAGCAGAAGUCCAGUUAAAGAGCGUUCUCCGGUUAGGGGUCACAGCAGGAGCCCCAGUCGCAGCAGGAGCCAAGAUGAUGUUCGUUACUUGAGGGAUCUGUUAUUAUUCUGUAUUGCU